CCAUGACACUGUCGCGAUGAACGGAGGAGCAAGACUAAGGAUGGCCACGAUAGGUAUAUUAAGACUUGAAGAUCUCUACCAUCUCGGGUUCUAUGUUCCCGGCCACCUGGGAAGGGACCUCACGAUGAUCAGUUAAGGUAUACUCUAGCACUCAUUCCCAGCAAUGUGGUCCUCACGCAUGUUUAUUCUGUUAUCGGCUCUCCUUCCCAACCUGGCCGACGCAGUCAAUGCCAGUAACGGGGCAAAGCUUACCGUCAAGACAAUUACCGGCGUCUACACUGGGCUCAUCGACCCUGAGUUUCCCGAUGUUCGCCAAUUCCGCAGCAUCCCCUAUGCCGAGCCACCAUCGGGGAAGCGGCGAUGGCUGCCCCCUGUUCCCGUCACGCCGUCGCUCCGGCACUCGUACGCCUACCGGUUCCCACCGUCAUGCCCGCAGUACAUGUCCAGGAACCUGACGGUAUGGAACUCCAACAUCACCAACUUCUCCAUCCGGCUGCACGGACAGAGCACGACAGCCGGCGCCAUGGCACAGACGUCGUCCGAGGACUGCCUGUACCUGGCCAUCUGGGCGCCCCUGAACGCCACGGCCGACUCCAACCUGCCGGUCGCGCUCUUCAUCCCCGGCGGAUCGUUCGUCACGGGCGGCGUCGACGUGCCCUAUCAGCAACCCACUCCCUGGGUGCAGCGCACGCAGCGGCACAUUUUUGUCGCGGCCAACUACCGCGUCAACAUCGCCGGCUUCCCCUGGGCAGCGGGGCUGGACGAGCAAAAUGUCGGCCUGCUCGACCAGCGGGCGGCACUCGAGUGGGUGUACGCCAACAUCGGCUCCUUCGGCGGCGACCCGUCCCGCAUCACGCUGUGGGGCCACUCGGCGGGCGGCGUGGCCGUCGACAUGCUCGCGCACGCCUACCACGACAACCCGCUCGCGGCCGGCCUCUUCCUGCAGUCGGGCACCGCCAUGGUCAACAUCAGCUGGCCCGACCCGACCCACAGCAACUUCACCUUCGUCGCGCGCAAUCUGGGCUGCGACUUCCCCUCAGACCCGCAGGCCGAGCUGGCGUGCAUGCGCCAGGUGCCCAUGUCCCUCAUCCAAAACUUCAUCGGCCAGUACCGCGACAACGGCACCGCCGCCAACGAUCCUGACACCCCUCCCUUACCCUUGUUCAAACCCCUCCCGGACGAGCGAACAGUCUUCUUCAACUACACCCUCCGCGACCUACAGGGCCUCAUCCCGAGAAUCCCAGCGCUGGUAUCGACCACAGCCAACGAGCAGUCCUCUCUCACCCGCUACCCGACCUCCAACGUCACCCAGGGCCCGUACCAACCAGCCGUCGACGGCGAGACGGUCUCCAUCUUUGUGUGCCUCGCCAGUAACACCACCCGCUCCCGCGCCGCCGUGCAGGGGCUGGGGCUGGGGCUGGGGCUGACCACCUACCGGUACGAGUACGCGGGCAAUUUCAGCAGCGUCACGCCGCUGGGCUGGAUGGGCGCCUACCACGCGAGCGACGUGCCCAUGGUGUUUGGGACGUUUGAGACGCUGGGGGAAAGGGAGAAGGUCACCGAGUAUCAGAGAGAGGUGGCGAGGCGGAUGCAGGAUUAUGUCCUUGCCUUUAUGGAGGAUCCCGAGGGUGGGUUGAGAAAAAGGGGGUGGAAGCCUUGGGGGGAGGCGGACGGGAGGAGGGAAAUGAUGAGGUUUGCGGGGAGGAAAGGGUUGGCGGAGGAGCUGGGGUAUGAUUCCAGCCCGUGA